GUAUCUGCUUCACAACUGGCCACUAGUGAGUGCUGUCUGUGCUUUCUGGUUCAACUUAUUUAUUCUGGCUGCCGGCGUUGCUGUUGUCGUGUUUCACAGGGAGUCUCAGCGUAAAGCGCUUGAUCUUCAGGUGCUCCCAGAUAUGGAGGAAGAGGCUGAAGACUUGGAUGAAGCCAGCAGACUUCAGAUAGCUGUCAGUAAUACUCGUGAUGAUGGUACACAAACAAAGCCAUCUGAAGAUGAUGACCCGGAGACGUAUGACUUACCUCUCGUGCAAGAACCAGUAGACUUUCCCAUACCACAAGAAAAUGAAGAGAUUUUUCUAGAGCUCAGGCAGAGGAGGGUCAACUGA